AAUUAAUUGCAAACCCAAGAUCAUUGUCAUAGAUUCUGCCCUGUACUUCCAAACACACACACACACACACACCUCUCCCUCCCUCCUCACAUCUCUCUCUCUCUCUCUCUCUCUCUCCCGUAACAUACAUAUAAAAAAAAUCUUUAUAUCACACAAACACAAUUCCUUUAACCCUUACACCGAUUGCACUCUUUAAUCACACACAGACACAUGUAUACAUACACUUAUUUAUAUCUGUGUGAUUAAUUAUCAUGUAUAGCUUAAAGUAUUUUCAAAUUGAUCCUAUGUGGUAGUAUUGAUCAUAAAUGCUGUUUGAACUGAAAAAGAUUGAUUUUUUAAUCAGCUCUAGGAUGAUUCUUGUUCCAAUCGAUUGAAAGUUUGUUACUUUGUGAUUUUGCGGUGGAUUUGUGUUGGUUUGUUUGGUAGUUUUGAUCGGUUGUAGUGAAAUUGCUGUUUUGUUUUCGUUUGGGUAAGGUUUUAAUGGUGUUUGAAGUGGGUUAAUUAGAGAUGAGUAGAGGUUCGAGAGAUGACUUGAAUUGUAAAUAUGGUGCGGUUUCUGUUAAGGAUUCAUCGGUUGGACUGUUUAGAUUGAUAGUGUUCUUGAUAAUUUUCGUCGUUGGUGUGGUGAUUGGGUUAUUAUCGAGUUCUCAUGUUGAUAGGUUGUUACAAUUAGAAAAGCAACAAUUUUAUGGAAAUCAAACCGCGUGGCAUGAGUCUGGAUAUAUUAAUGUUACUGUUAGUUGUCCGGAUAUACCCAAGUGUGAGAAAGAGGAUUGUUUGAGUAUGAAAAGCUUUUUGGCACCGAAGAAUUUGACUCAUAGAAUGACGGAUAAGGAGUUGUUUUGGAGAGCUUCGUUGGUGCCAUUCAAGGUUGAAUAUCCGUAUGUUAGAAAGCCGAAGGUGGCUUUUAUGUUCUUGACAAGGGGGCCAUUGCCAUUUUUGCCGUUGUGGGAAAGAUUUUUCUAUGCACAGAGUCGGGAGUUGUACUCAAUUUAUGUGCAUGCGCUUCCUGGUUUUGAGCUCAAUGUGACUGAUACAUCUGCUUUUUACAAGCGGCAGAUACCUAGUCAGAAGGUUAAAUGGGGGACAGUAUCUCUUUUUGAUGCCGAGAGACGUCUUCUAGCUAAUGCACUACUAGACUUCUCAAAUGAGCGAUUUAUUCUCCUUUCCGAGAGUUGUAUUCCUGUUUACAACUUCCCAACUGUAUACAAGUACCUCACAGAAUCCCAACACAGCUUCGUGCAGUCUUAUGAUGACCCAUCUCGCUAUGGUCGUGGCCGCUACAGCCGCUACAUGCUCCCUGAUAUUCAUCUCCGUGAUUGGAGGAAAGGUUCCCAAUGGUUUGAGCUUAGCCGGAAUUUGGCAGUUGGCAUAGUCUCAGAUACUAAAUACUACACACUGUUUAAGAAGUACUGCCUGCCUGCAUGUUACCCAGAUGAACACUACCUUCCAACUUAUAUUCAGAAGUUUUAUGGACCCUUCAAUUCAAAUCGAACCGUUACAUAUGUUGAUUGGUCACAAGGGGGGCCUCAUCCUGCAGCCUUCACUGCUGAAAAUAUAACAGAAGAUUUUAUACAAUACAUUAGGAACAAUGGGACACUCUGUCCAUAUAACUUUGAUGAGACGCCUAUAUGUUACCUCUUUGCCAGGAAGUUCGCUCCAACUGCAUUGAAGCCUUUACUGAACCUUGGUAUGACAGUGAUGGGGUUUUGAAAUAAAUGAUAUUGACGAGUUAUCUGCUAGUUUCUUCUAGUAAUCCCAUUAAAAUAUUUGUCAGAUUUGAUUAAUUAUUUAGUAGGUAGGAUGUACAGGACCUGGUAGUCAAGCUUCACCGUUUAAAAGGCUUAGUUUAGUAGUUCA